UAAGAAUUACACUUUAUAAAAUCAUAAUUAACUUUUCAUUUUAUAAAAACGGAUGAUGUUUGACAAACUGUCCUGUUUAUUAUGCUUGGAAAAAAACAAUGUUUCAAACAGUCAAAUAAAUAUUGAUUCUGAUGAUCCGCAAGCAGUAAAAGCUCGCGCGAUGGUUGAACAACAUUUCAAGGAAGAGCUCAGCAUGAAGCCGUACCUUACAAACAAAGUGUUAUGUCAACAAUGCUGGGAACUGUUACUAUCAUUUCAUGAAUUCUAUGUGCGCGUACAAAACGCUCACUUGACGGCAACUAACACGCUAAAGUCCUUGCAAGAGUUAGAGAUAGCGGUUACUGAAAUAAAAAUGGAACCUGAUGCAUUAGACGAGCUGGCUUCGCCCCCAAAACGUCGUCGGGGGCGACCGCGGCGAGAAAAGCCGAACGAACAUGUUUUGGAAUCACAGCCAUCAAUUGUUUUAAAAGAGUGCAGUGUUCGGAUUGAACCACUAACUUUUCCUUAUAACAGUAACAUCAACAAAACCGAAGAUAAAAACUUGGAGUUUUUGGAAGUUAAGAGUGAGGUAAUACCUGAUGAAAAUGAAUCUAUUGAUCCAAUUUAUUCACCACAAAUGUCUAAUAAUGAGAGCGAAUCAGGAAUUGCGACAGUACCUACCAGUCCUGCAAAGAACUUAGAAACCGGUGCGCCACAAAAACAGAAAACAGUCCGUACCAAGAAGAGGCAAAAACGAAAGCGUACCGAGAAAAAUAGUAAGGCAUUAAAUACAGGAAUUAAAAAUGAAUUAAACACGCAACGAAAUAAAACAUCGGAUUAUGAUGAGUUUAUUGCCAAAAAUUUUAAACUAACAUGCGCUCUUUGCGAAAACCCACUAGAAAACUUUAGAGAACUUAAAAUACAUUUUCGGGAAGAGCAUCAGACUAAUGGAUAUGUGAAAUGUUGUGGUAAAAAACUAAUUAGACGUGGCGUACUUGUUGAUCAUAUAAAAUUUCAUACCAACCCAGAAUACUUCAAAUGCGAACAUUGUGAAAAACUGUUUGCCGAUGGGCGUGGCCUUGAGGCGCAUCUUCAAUUUUCACACGGUUCUAGAGAACGUAUUUAUCGCUGUGAUAUUUGUUCCAAAGGAUUCUUUCGUCGUGAAUUACUCACUCGGCACUACGUUAUACACGCACCUGAAGAACAGAAGAACAUCAAAUGCCCUCAGUGUGAGAAGACGUUCUGCUAUAAAUACAAUAUGCUACAGCAUUUAAAAAUAGUUCAUCUACAUUCGUAUUCGAAAAUAUGUGACAUUUGUGGAAAAUCCUUCCAUGGAGGUGAAGCAUUCCGCCGGCAUCAGCAGGAGCACGCUGGUAUACCAAGAUUACCGAUUAAGUGUGAAUUAUGUAAUGCUGAACUGACGACAAAGUAUGGUUUAGCACGGCAUAUGAAAGUAAUGCACACGGAGGAAUAUCAAACACCUCAAGUUUGCCCAGUAUGCUCUAAAAUAUCACCGUCUCUCCGCGCACAUCAUACCCAUUUUAAAUUUAUGCAUGCCACCGAGAAAAAACACUCCUGCAAAAUGUGUGACAAAGCUUUUAAACGACCCAAAGACUUACGAGAACAUAUGACAACUCAUACCGGAGAAGUUCUAUAUACGUGCACAUUUUGUCCACAAACAUUCAACUCGAAUGCGAAUAUGUAUGCACAUCGAAAGCGAAAACAUCCUAAAGAAUGGGCUGAAAAAUGUGCAAAGCGAAAUACUUCUAUAGGAAUGGGACAACAGAUACAAAAGGACUUAGAAUCCAUAAUCGAAUCAGUAAAAGAUACGGAUGAAACAAAUGAUAAUAUUUACAGAAUGCCUUUUGAUCAGUGUUGUCUGUUAUGUUUAGAAAAAGUUAGUCCCACUGACAACAGAAUAAAUAUCAAUAGCGAUGACUCGGAAUCGGUAAAUGUGCGGAAUAUAAUUGAACAACAUUUCAAGGAAGAGAUCUUCACGAUGCCAACAUUAUCAAAUCACAUUGUAUGUAAAAAAUGUUGGGAAUUGCUGAAGUCAUUUCAUGAAUUUUAUAUCCAAGUAACACAAGCCCAUCUGCAAGCGCAUAACAAACUCAAGGCUUUGCAAGAGUGUGAAAUAUCGGUUACAGACAUUAAAGUGGAACCGGAUGCUGAAGACAAAUUGGCUUUGCAAGAGUUGGAGGAAAUAACGAUUACAGACAUUAAAGUGGAACCGGAUAUUGUUGACACAUUGGCUUCAUCACCAGUCGGUGAAGAAAAAGAUUCCGAUUACUCGGAUGAUGAAAAUAGUAGCUCAUCUUCUGUAAACUCUGAAAGUCAAGAAGAUGUCCAGGAAGAGAAAAGACAGAAAACAAAAACAAAAAGAGCCCCUAAACCCCGAAAUAAGAAACGACACAAAACAUUGGACCAUGAUCAAUUUAUUGCACAAAAUUUUAAAUUGAUCUGCUGUUUAUGUGAAAAAUCGUUGAAAGAUUUUCGAGAAUUGAAAAUUCAUUAUCGCCAAGAACAUCAAACAAAUGGCUAUGCUAAGUGUUGUAAUAAAAAGUUGUACAAUCGUGGCGUUCUCGUUGAUCAUAUUCACUUUCAUAUUAAUCCAGAAUACUUCAAGUGUAAAUUUUGUGAAAAAGUGUUAUGCGAUCGAAGUAAUCUCGAAUCACAUUUACAACAUUUUCAUGAUUCCAAAGAACGUACGAUAUAUAGAUGUGAAAUAUGUGGCAAAAGUUUUUAUCGACGCAAAGUUCUUGCACGGCAUUACCUAAUCCAUGCACCCGAAGAACAAAGAAAUGUGAAAUGCACCCAGUGUGAAAAAACAUUCUGCAAUCAGUACCUUAUGAAACAACAUCUAAAUCUGAGCCAUCUCAAUUUAUAUGCUAAAAUUUGUGAUAUUUGUGGCAAAUCCCUAAACGGCAGCGAAGCUUUCCAACGGCAUCAGGAUGAACAUGCUGGUGUGCAACGAACAAGGGAGAAAUGUAAAAUAUGCAAUAUGGAGCUAAAGACGAAAUAUGGUCUGGCGAGACAUAUGAAAACAAGGCAUACCGAACCGUUUCAAACACCGCAGAUCUGUCCAGUUUGCUCUAAAGUAUCUCCCACUCUACGGGCGCAUAAAAGUCACAUGGAGUAUAUGCACAGCGGUAAAAAACACGUUUGCACUGUUUGUGACAAAAUAUUUAAACUGCCUAAAUGUUUAAGGGAACAUAUGGCCACACACACCGGAGAAAAAUUAUAUACGUGCACAUUUUGCCCACAAACAUUCAAUUCAGAUGCGAACAUGUACGCACAUCGAAAGCGAAAACAUCCUAAAGAAUGGGCUGAAAAAUGUGCGAAGCGAAGUACUUCUACAGGAAUGGGACAACAGCUAAUAAAUGACUUACAAUCCAUAACCGAAACAGUGAAAGAUACGGAUGAAACAAAUUUGGAUAUUAUAUCUCAAAUUGAAAUAAAAUUCCUUUGUCGGAUAUGUUGGGAUUAUGUACAAACAUUUCAUACAUUUUAUGAAAAUGUGAAAGAAGUGCACAAGGAAGCGGCGAACUCAUUGAAAAGCGUGACUUUGGAAGAAGAAAUUUUAGAAAUAAAAGAGGAAAUCUUAGAACUAAAAGAGGAACUCAUACAUAUUGACGACGUACAAGUUGAACCAAGACGUCGUAGGGGACGUCCAAAACGUCAAAGAGAACUUGAAACUGUCGAAGUCCCUUGUGAGUCUUCCAUACCGCUUAAAGAAUGUCAAGUUAAAAUUGGAGAACUAAAAUUACCCGUUUCCGGUUCAACUAGUCGGACAGAUAUAUGUAAUCAAUCUGAAAUUUUUUCUGAAGUAUUAGAGGUUAAAGAUGAUAUUUUACUCAAAGAACAUAUGGAGAACUCGGUAUCAGAAUACAGUUCGGACCCUGAAGAAAUAGAGAAAAACUUCAAACAUUUAAAAAGCCAUUUUCGUGUAGUACAUCAAACUCGUGGCUAUGUGCUAUGUUGUGGUAAAAAAUUGCCUGAACGCGGUUUGUUAAUUGAUCAUAUUAAUUUGCAUGAGGAUCCUGACUACUUCAAAUGUAAGCAUUGUGGAAAGAGAAUGACGGAACGUCGUAGCCUUGAUCUUCAUCUCCAGUAUAAGCAUGCAUCUUGUUUGAAACAGCAUUAUAAAAUUAAAGAUACAGAAAAUCAAAAAUCGAUAUCGUGCUUAGAAUGUGACAAAACAUAUAUAAAAAUGUUUAAUGAGUCAUGUUGUUUACUAUGCUUGGAAAGUUCAAAGGAUCAAAUAGAUUUGGACUGCAAAGAAGGUAUCGGUUUGAAUGGGCGGGAAGUGAUUGAAUUGCAUUUUAAAGAGGAGUUGGAUAUGAUGUCUCAAAUUGAAAUAAAAUUCAUUUGUCGAAAAUGCUGGGAUUUGGUAGAUACAUUUCAUAACUUUUAUGAACAUGUGAAGCAAGUGCACCAGGAAGCGGCGAACACAUUGAAAAGCGUGACUUUAGAAGAGGAAAUCUUAGAAAUAAAAGAAGAAAUCAUAAAUAAUGACGACGCACAAGUUGAACCAAGACGUCGUAGGGGACGUCCUAAACGGCAAAGAGGAGCUGAAACUGUCGAAGUCCUUUGUGAGCCUUCCAUACCACUCAAGGAAUGUCAAGUUAAAAUUGAAGAACUAAUAUUACCCGCCUCCAUGAGUCCCAAAGAUAUAUGUAAUCAAUCUCAGAUUGUUUCUGAAGCCUUAGAGGUUAAAGAUGAGUCCUUGCUCGAAAAAUGUAUGGAUAAUUCUAUAUCGACAUUUAGUUCAGACUACGAAGAAUCGGAGAGUGAGAAUGAAGAAGAUAAACAAACAAAAAGAAAAUAUCGUAAAAUAAAUAAAAGAAAAGGUGUUAAUAAAAAAACUGCGGAAUCGGAUGAAUAUAUAGCAAAGAAAAAUUUUAAAUUUUCUUGUUGCAUUUGUCAAACUUCAUUGGAAAACUUCAAACAUUUGAAAAGUCAUUUUCGUGAAGAACAUCAAACGAGUGGUUAUGUGCUAUGUUGUGGUAAAAAAUUACCUGAACGCGGUUUGUUAAUUGAUCAUAUUCAUUUUCAUGAAGAUCCUGACUACUUCAAAUGUAAACAUUGCGGAAAGCGAAUGUCGGAGCGACGUAGCCUCGAUCUUCAUCUUCAGUAUGCGCAUGGAAAUCGGGAACGAGUACAUCGUUGUUCAAUUUGUUCUAAAGGAUUUUUCCGAGCAUCUUGUUUAAAACAGCAUUAUAAUAUUCACGUUACAGAAGAUCAAAAAACGGUACCGUGUUUAGAAUGUGGUAAAACCUUCCCAGACGACGUUGAAUUAAGAAAACACAUGCGUCUAACCCAUUUGAAUGUUUAUGCAAAAAUAUGUGAUAUUUGUGGUAUAUCGAUAAAGGGGCGCGAUGCUCUGGAACGGCAUCAGGCCGAGCAUGCUGGUGUGCCACGAAAACUAAUCAAAUGUGAUCUAUGUGAUGCUGCGCUCACUACAAAAUAUGGUCUAGCACGUCAUAUGAAAACUAUGCAUACUGAAGAGUAUCAGACGCCACAGGUCUGCCCAAUGUGCUCUAAAGUGUCACCAUCUCUGCAGGCUCACCGUAACCAUAUAAAAUAUAUGCAUUCUUUGCAAAGGAAACAUGUCUGCAAAUUAUGUGACAAGGCCUUUAAGCGGCUUACCGAUUUCAAAGAGCACAUGGCCACCCAUACCGGAGAAGCUUUAUAUACCUGUAGUUUUUGUCCACAAACUUUCAAAUCUAAUGCCAAUAUGUACUCUCAUCGAAAGAAGAAACACGCUAAGGAGUGGGCACAGCAAUGCGCGUUGAAGAAAAGCUUAGCGGUACCCUUGAAGCAACCUGUCGUAACUGACUAAUAAAAAAAUCUAUGAGCGUCAGGAUAUUUAACAAUUGUUUAUUUAUUAAUGCUGUGAAUAAGAAGCAUUUAUAUCCAUUUCUCUGAAAGUAUUUAGAAAACAUGGUAAUGCACAGCAAAUAAAGAAAUAAUAUUUAGCCUGAA